GAUCAUGGCACCCUUCUAAACCUUCUAAGGACUCAGAAGCAUGUACUGGUCUCCACAUAUACACCCUUCUCAGACCUGUCAACGGGAGCAUCUUAGACGCCUGAAAGGUCUUAACUUUGUUUGGUUCAGAAGCUCUUGCCAAACAAAUGUCCAUUUUCGGGGGUACACCUGCCUCUCUGGGAAGGCGCCCAUUUCAAUCCAAAUUCUCCAACUAGCCGCCACAACUGGGCCUCCACGUGUUGCCACUAUGGCAUCUCUACCCGCAAGACCCAAGUCAGCUCGCAUCGCGUCGUCUAAGCCAACUCCUUCUGCUUCGAGGUCAACGUCUGUAGGUGCAUCAAGCUCAGCGGAAAGUCGCAAAUCACGAAGAAAGAACAAGAACAAGAAGGUUGACACCCAAUCUGAAGCCGGACCUUCCAACUCCAACAACGCUGUAGUUGACAGCCCACCAAACGAUAAUGGAGCAUCCUCAUCAACUUCAGGGUCAAGCAUGCGAGCGAAUGGGCAUUCUAGCACGUUCCCAGAAUCAGACUUCAUUCCAUUCUCCUUUGACGACGAGCCGGAACUUUACGAAGAACCAGAAGCCGUGGACUCCAAAGGAAAGCAAAAGGCCAACGAUACCCAAACUGAAAAUGAGAAGGAACCUUACGCUCGGGAAUGGGACAAAGGCAAGAGCAGGAUGCUUGCGAAAGACUCUCGCAGUCAAGCUGGUCAAAAACGGAAAUCGGAGCAGCUCGAUUUCAACGAUGACUACUUGAAUAAGAAGCAGAGGGUUGACGCUGCGUCAAGACGAGCACCAUGGGUAUGGGAUGUGGAUUGGGAGAGCUGCAAUAACGUUGCAGAGAUGUAUGUCUAUUUAUUUGUUAUGCGUCUGUGGCUAGAAAUGAUUGAUUGCUGGUGUAGGUUACAUCGGGAAGUUGAUGAUUUCAUUAACUUCAUCUCACCAACGCCAGUCGAGGAAGAUAUAAGAACUAUGACUGUCGCUCUAAUCAGUAGGGCCGUCACUGAAGCAUUCCCCGAUGCCAAAGUCUUGCCGUUUGGCAGUUACGAAACCAAACUCUACUUGCCGUUAGGCGACAUUGACCUUGUCGUCAUCUCAAACUCAAUGGCAUACAGUAAGACGUCAAACGUCUUGCGUGCUUUAGCUAAUACGGUCAAGCGAGCAAAUCUCACGGACAAGGUGCGAAUAAUCGACAAAGCCAAAGUGCCUAUCAUCAAGUUCCAAACUCGUCACGGUCGUUUUUCAGUCGACAUGAGCAUAAACCAGGUAAACGGUAUUGCAGCAGGGAAGAUCAUCAAACAUUUUCUCCGUGAACUACCUGCCCUCCGACCUCUCGUCCUCAUCAUCAAGUCCUUCCUCUCACAGCGAAGUAUGAACGAGGUUUUCACUGGUGGUCUUGGAAGUUAUAGUAUUGUUUGUCUUGCCAUCAGCUUUCUGCAGAUGCACCCUAAGAUUCGGAGGGGCGAGAUUGACCCGACGAAGAAUCUGGGUGUAUUGAUGAUGGAGUUCUUCGAACUUUAUGGCUGUUACUUCAACUACGAGGAGGUCGGCAUCUCACUACGAGAUGGCGGCUCAUAUUACAACAAGCAGCAGAGGGGUUGGUAUGACUAUCGCUCUCGUUACCUGUUGUCCAUCGAAGAUCCUGGAGAUGCAUCAAAUGAUAUCUCUCGCGGGACGUACAACAUCAUGAAGGUCCGGACGACUCUCGCCGGUGCUCAUGGGAUCAUGACAGCGGCCGCAUAUCUUCACGCGGGGUUUAUCAGUUCCCGCCGGGGGAAUCGAGGUCGUGACCGUCACGAUAACCCGGAAGAUCUGAGUAUCUUGGCGAGCGUCAUGGGUGUUACUCAAGAGACAAUAAACCACCGGAAAUUAGUCCAAGAGGUCUAUGACAGCCAAGUCCUACAUCGCAUGCUUGGUGUCGAGCCAACAAUUCCUGUGACUGAGGAAGUCAAACGACCAAACGGUAAUAACAAGUCGAGUAGCAGUCGCUGCAAACCUAUGUCUCAAACACGCUCGCGCGAGGCGCAAGAGAGCGUAAAAUCCGCAUGGAAUGAAUCAGACGUGGAUCACUCCUUCGAUCACUCGGCCGCUCACGCGUCAGACGAAGAAGAGGAAAGUCGAUAUGGCAUUGCCAACGUUCGUGAACCUCAUAGCCAACCACCUAUAAAACGGAGACGGACAGGCAAGCCUGAAGACGAACACACUGUGUUCACUUCGGAUGCGAGUGAAGAGGAAGUGGACGAGCUCGACCCAGACCCAGAUCCUGAGCCUUCGGUGCAUCUGAAUGUUGGCACAGAUGACUACGAUGCACAUGCGGUCAGUGAGGAGGAAAGCGAGUACGAUGUUGACGGGGAUGAGGGCGAGAUCAAGGGACCUGCAUCUGAGAAGAGGGAACGGACACGAUCAUUUUGGUUGUCGAAAGGCGUAGACAUGGGGAUAAUUGAUUGAUAUUAUUUUCCGUCUUAUCCCUGGUAUGUAUCGAUUCACGUUCUGCAGCCGUCAUUUCACCUGAGUAACCUAGCAUGCAUGCGCACUAUUCAUACCCUACUAAUAGAGUUAUUCAAUUUUCUGUGUGCUUUGCUU